ACCCAUAGUUCUUGUUAAUUUUGAUGUAAACAACAAUAAACCUUAAGAAUGUCAUCGACGAUAUUAAGUUGUAGACUGAAAUAAUUUAAAUAUCUUGAGAAAUCUAAAUUUGUAAUAUUGAAAGAUUUCGUUCUGAAAGACAACCAUGACGAAUUCAAAUGUAAAUAAUGAAGAUGAAACAGUCAGAUGUUGGGAAAAGAAGUUAACAUUUUUUCUUGGUCCCUAUGAAACAGUUAUAAUGAAACUUCAAAGUCUGCUAGUCUGGGAAAAUCCAUUUAGAAGUGCUAUUCUCUUUACACUUUUCCACAUUAUAUUUUGGUUGAUAUGUACAACAUCAUCCAGGUUUUUCUUUUUAUUGAGUGUUUUUGUCAUGUGCACUGUGUGUAUUGAUACUUGGAAAAACAAAAUAUGGCCAGAAAUAAGAGUUCCCCCCACAGAGCCAGAAGACAGUGAUGGAUGGACUCCCAUUCAUCCUAGGCUGCUGAGCGUGCCUGAAAUUAGUCGUCACUUGAGUCAUUCAAUCAAUAUUGUUGUGACAUUUUUCAAAUCUGCACGGCAGUACAGGACUUCCCAUCCACUUGUUUUUUGUCUUGGGAAUACAGCUUUCUUCACUUUAACAGCACUUAUCGGUUAUUAUAUCUCAGGCUUUCUGUUACUUUAUGGUACUUUAAUAAGCUUAAUGUUGUGGCCUUCCAUGCUCUAUCAUUCCAUGCUGAGAAAGGUCUGUAGCUUACUGGAGCCAGGAUUUAUUUGGAUCAAAGGACAUUUUAGUAAAGCAAGCAGAACUGUAAUAACAUUUAGCAGAAGAAUACAUGAUUUCAGAACAAAGUUGUCAAAGUUGGCACCAGCCACUGAGACUGUGGAGGAUGAAGACUUUGUACCGCAGGUAAAUCCUGAUAUCAGUGAAGCCUUGGCUAAAGCCAUAACAGACAGUGAAGAUGAAGGAGGAAACUCUUCAAUACCUACUCCCCGACUUUCAAAAAAUCCUUCUUUUAGCACCAGUGAAGAUGAAGCUCCAGAAGUGGAUUUUGAUUUGAACAUCAACCAAAUGCCUUCUUUUGAUGAUUUAGAUAACACAGAUGAUGAACUAGGCUUACCAAAUGAAAAUAGCAACAACGUAUCUCAUAACAAACGUGGUCUACAUUUCACUACUUCCCAUUUUAAAGAAUCAGACUCUGAAGAUGAAGAGUCAUUAGACUUUUCAGACACCGCUCCACUUUCUGGUACCACUAAAUCAUCUAGUGGUCCACAAUUUGAACUGGCCAGCACAUUGGCAAGGACUAUCACCUCCAUGAUAGAGUCUGCAAUGAUUGGUGUCGGAGCCCUUGAUGACGGUCAGUCAGCAUCAUCAUCCAGUUUAAAUCCACGCACAGGAUCUAAAAUAACAUACACACGAACAGAAAAAGGGGAAAGCAUAGAUUUUCUGAAUCCAGAGCCUUCAAUUUCAGAGUCAGAUGAAGACAUGGAUGAGGAAGAAUCUCAGCACAUAGCUGAAAUUGAAAAAGAUUUUGACUUCUUGUCUGAACUGGAUCCAGAACAUGAGGAUUAACACAAUUAACAAUUGUAAGUUCCAUUUUUCAAACAAUUCAAUUUUUAUUGAUGAUUUGUACAUUUUACAAAUAGAUGCAACUUUUUUAAUAUAAAAAAAAUGAAAUUCCAAUCUAUUAAAUACUGCUGAACUAGAUUUUUUACUUCAGAGCUUCACAUUUUGUUUUUUUGUUUACUUAAUAAAGAGAGAAAUUAAUGUAAAAAAAAAUAUGCCAAAUUAGUGUUUAGAAUUUAAAAUCAACAGCAAAAAUGUUUUUAUUUUAAUUAAUUGAUUAUUUCUUGAAAGUAUUCAACUUCAUACAUUUUGUGAAAUUCAUUUUCUCUCAUUAUCAUUGAACUUGGUUCAUGAACUCACAAACGUGGCUGUGAAAUGACUUUCUUGUAUUUACUUUAUUCAUGUUGUAGACAAUUUGAUACACUAUUAUUUUUUUUGUGUGUGAUAUAUUUGUAUAGACAAAUGUACAUUUUUAUUUAAUUGGUUGUUUGAACUAGCAUACAAAGAGAUCCGUUUAUUAAAAAAAAUUCUUGGAUUUCAUCUUAGUUAAAUCCAUUUUUUUUGGUGGUAUUUGCGUGACAGAUAUUAUUUUCUGUUCUGAUAAUCAUACAAACUUUGGACACAUCAGCUGCAUGGAGAGGGGAGAAAUACUGUCCAUGCAACAUCAUUCCGACUAUAGGUAAUGCCCAGGCUUUCAUUUCAUAUCUUUGAGGAUCCAUGGUUGCUUCGUGACUGAAAGAGGUCAUUGCUAAUCAUAAUGUCAUUACAAUUUGGUUUAAAAUUGUCAAAUAGAAAGUCUUGCUCUAAACAGAGUGUCUAAUCUAGAGAACAAAAUAAACAAAUGAAUUUCUGAUUUCAUAUAAUAUGCAAAUGAAAAAGCUAAAUGGCAAUUUUAGAUACAUUGAAUUAAAAAGAAAACAGGUUAGACAUCUUUAUUAUCAUUUAUAAAUAUUAUUAUUAUUUAAUAUCCAGAUAUCUUAUGAUUAGGUUUUAGUUGUUCAGCUGUGAGCUAGUCGCUUGCUACCUAAAAGCACACCCUAAUGUAUCUGUUUGAUGUGAUGUUAGCUUGGUCUAGUUCAUCUCUUUUCAGUCGACUUUUGUCUGCAGCAUCUUCUAUUGUUUGUGACAUUGUAAUGUACUUUUUCAUUGUAAAAAGGUUUUUCUAAAAGUUAUAUUCUUAUUAUAGCCUUCAACCUGUAGGUUAGAUAAAAAAAGAGCUUAAAUUUAAAUGAAACCUAGUGAUCAAAAAUUGUAAAUGAUGCUCUUACACUUGCAGCAUUAUUUGGAGAAAUAAAAAUAUCUCUUUUUGUAAUAACCAGUGUAAUCUGUUAAUGCACAAAUUAGAAUUUUUAAAAAAUCCCAAUUUGUUAUUAAUAUUAGAUGUUAAUGAUAUUAAAAAAAAUGUAUAUCAUGUUUCUAAAAGAAAAUGCUAACAUGAUUAGCUGGUUAUUUUAGUUUCAAUUUCUUGCAGUUCAUUUUCUUUCUUUUUUAUUUAUAUGAAUACAUGUAAUCCUUUAAAAAAUUUAAAUAUAGAAUCUCACUGACCAAAGAAGUGUUCUUAAAUAUUGUCAGUAGAGAACUGUUUGGCUUACCUAAUGUACUUUAUGCAAUAAACACAUGACUUUAG